GUACGCAGUGACGUCGGUGCGCAGCACGCUCUCCGCCACUCCGUCCGCGGCUGAGUCUCCAUCGGCCGCUCCUGCUCCACCGCUCUGAACUCAACACGGGCAGCGUCCAUCAAACACACGACACAGACAGCGUGCCAUCACUAGGUUGGUCCCGCUCUCGUCGUCCGAUAUGGAAGCGGCAUCCUCAUCCACCUCCAGUCGGUGCAGAUACAGUUAUGAAGAGUAUAAGGAGACUGCAGACUGGCUGUUGGCCCAGACAAAGCAGCGCCCUAAAGUAGCCAUCAUCUGCGGUUCAGGCCUGGGCGGGCUGGCCGACCUGCUGGUUGACAAGACGGUGUUAAAGUAUGAGACAAUCCCACAUUUCCCCACCAGCACUGUGCCGGGCCAUGCCGGGCAGCUGGUGUUCGGGAAGCUGGAUGGCCGCGAGUGUGUCUGCAUGCAAGGGAGAGUCCACUUCUACGAGGGCUACGACAUACACACGGUGACGUACCCGGUGCGAGUCUUCUCCCUGCUGGGCGUGAAAACCUUGAUCGUGACAAACGCAGCGGGGGGACUCAACGACAGCUACAACGUGGGAGACAUCAUGCUCAUUAAGGACCACAUCAACUUGCCGGGCUUCGCCGGGCAGACCCCGCUCUGCGGGCACAAUGACGAGAGGUUUGGGGAGCGCUUCUCUUGCAUGUCGGAUGCGUAUGACCGCGAGCUGAGGGAUCUGGCCAAGCAAGCAGCAAAGGAGCAGGGCUGCGGCGGCUUCCUGCAGGAAGGGGUUUACUGCAUGGUGGCUGGACCGUCAUAUGAGACCAUUGCAGAGGGCAGACUCCUGCAGAAGCUGGGGGCUGACUCUGUAGGUAUGAGCACAGUGCCAGAGGUGGUGGUCGCUCGUCACUGUGGCUUGCGUGUCCUGGGUCUGUCCCUCGUCACCAACAAGGUUGUGGUAGAUUACGACAGCGUCCAGAAAGCCAACCACACGGAGGUGCUGAAGACCACCAAGAGCAGAACCGAGGACCUCCAGAGGCUCGUCCGCUACCUCGUCUCCAAGAUCUAGUCCCUUCAUCUGAAAACUGCAGACAGAAAAUACGUAAUAAUAAUAAUAACGGUUGCUAAUUAGAAAGAGAACAAUUGAAUAAUUAUUGUGAUCAAACAGGACCAUUGGGACCAGCUGGAAACCUGCUUUCCUUAAUUUUUUGAUUGCUAGUUAUUAACAAUGUAUAAUACAUAUAUUAAAUUAUUUUAGCUAUAAAGCAUAGCGACUAUAUUUACAGAUCAAAUCGGAGUUGUUUAUUUUGGAAGAAGACGAAUCACAUAUUUAAAUAUUUAAUGGGAUGCCAAUGACAAUCCUUGAAGGAACUUCAUUUAAAAAAGGCAAUGGAGUUUUAGCUGAUAAUCCGAGUUGAAAGAAAGUCAAAGGCUAAUCUGGUCAAGCAGUAGUGAUGUAUGAAGGUUUUUCUGGGGUGGAUUGCAUUUGGAUCCCUUGUAUUCGUACACGACGAGACCGCAGCAGUGUAAUAUCAGGGAGGGCUGUAAUAGCUGAGCCUGCAGUGUUCAAUCUUCUCCGUCACGAUCCAGAACCUCCUGCCAAGUCCCCUUGACCGUCUCAUUUAUUAGAGCUGCAAAGGCCAGAGAAAUCCUCAAGCGGCAGUCCACCCUCUCCACAUCGAGAUGCUUGUAAGAGUCGUAAAGGGGAAUUCCACCCAGAGUGAAGCCUGACCUGCCUUCAAAAUGUAAAAUCAGAAAUGUAAAAUCAGAAUUGCUCCACACGCACAAUAAACAUGAUCUUGUUAUUUGCACACAAGUUAUUAAUUUUAAAAUGCACUUUCCAUGCUCACUAUUUUCCUGUAUGGGCACAACUCCACGUUGCAUUUCAUUUCCUUCUUGGUAGUUUGUGAAGUCUUCCAAACGAUUGCAUUCACUAGACGAAAUAACACAAACAAACAAUAAACCUACGAUGAUUCUAUCUAUAUAUUUUUUUAAGCUUUAUUUUAAUACCUAAUGUUGCUGCUGUCAAAUAAAAACUUUCAGAUGGCAUUUGGACGCUGGU